AUGCAAGCUUCCCUGAACGCUUCAGCGAACGUGUCUACUAGCCAGACGCCUCAUCAAUUGAUGUUCGGUGUCGAUCUCCGUAUGCCGUGGAACCUCUUGCGACAAGCUUUUGUUGGAUCUCCCCAAGCAGCUCGCCAGGAUGCCGACGAGUGCGCCAAGUAUGCUCCGAUGCUAGCUUACGCUGGUUGUCCUUUCACUCGUAACAAGCUAGUAUCGCUCCACUCGGAAAGUGGAAUUCGCAGCGCUGGCCCCAGCGACGACGAGAUCGCCGCAGAGCUCCACUCAACCUUUGAUCCUCGAUUCCCCACGACGACAGCAGAGCGGACGUCGAUAUGCGUUUUCGAGGCCGCGGACGCGGUCGUCGCAAACAAUAUCUCGUCCGCUGGACAGCCAAUAACCGCCUGGAAGUUGGACGAAGAUUCGCUCAUCGGAGCUGAGGAGCUUGUUCUAGAACACUUGCGGAGCGUCCUCCACCAGCAUCAAAAGUAA